AUGCCGAGCAGAGCGUUCAGAAAUUUCCAGGCCUUGAGAGGCAUUCGGUAUGCCGUUGCACUUGCGAUUGUCUUGUUCGUCUGUUUAUCCAGACGCGGAGUAGCGGCCGACCUUGAGGUUGUCCCCUGCGAAUCGAGCGCGGCCGUCGUUUCACUCGCACUCAAGGAGACAACGAAAUCGGUCAAGUUCAAGUGUGCCCAGAAUUCAAGUCUGUACCCAACGGUGUCGGACAACAACAACAAGUUUUGCGUGGAUUCGAUGUGCCGACAGGAAGUCGACUUGGGCGAGUCGUAUAAUCUGUCGCAACAACCAGGGGCUACGGGUAGUUCACAUCUAAAGAGCCUGAGAACGGGAGAAUCACCAACCUACACGCUCACACUGACGAGACAGCCAGAGAAGUCACAAACUCUAUAUUUCCUGUGCAAAUCGACAGCGGCGGCCCCCGAGGAGGAGCGGGAAGAAACGGCAGAAACCUCGUCUGACAAGUCAACAAGUUGCAUAAUUCAGGUCGCCGUCUACGGCGCACAAGCCCUCUCCGAUGCAGCAUCAGAAAGGGUCUGUACGCUCGGCAGCAGCCUGGAGGAUGUCACCCUCAACUCCACGUCCAACAAGGUCACGUUCCGGUGCGGAGACGGCGGUACGCUGUCGCCUGUGAAUUUCGAAAAUGCGUUCGCAGGGGAACCGUGCUCAACAGAAACGAGCCUUGCUACUCUCGGUUUGCGUGCGACUCUCCUAGAAGGAAAAUCGGCUUCAAAAGACGCUGCAAAGGUUCCUGCAUACACCUUGGAGGUAUCGGAGUUUCCAGCAGGACCCGACUCCGCCCGGGUCUGCUACAAGUGUCACCAGCCAAGCAAGCAGAAAGAUCCUGCCGGUGACACAACGGCUUCCGAGUGUAAAGUUGUGAUUAAUGUGGCACCUGAUUCUGAAACGGGCGAUGACAAACCUGACGAUGAUGAGCCUGCUACAAGCGAUGCAACGGAACAUACUGGAGUCAACUUUGUUCUAUCCGGUGUCAUCGUCCUCACCGCAGCUCUCGGCCUGAACGAAGCCCUAAUGCACUUUGGCGGUCUUGGCGAGUGA